GAGUCACAUCUCGACUUCCGAUGAAGCUCGUUGGACCAGCGAUCGCGGCGGCCUUAGUGCAUCAAGCAUCAGCAUCGUGCUUGUCUACAUGCAACCAGCAUACGCUAAACGGUGAAGAGGACCUGUGCACUACGUAUCGCGACCAACUUCCACGCCCGACACUGUACAACUUUUGCGUCGAUGCGUACCGCAAGGGUGGACAGCGAGCGUGUGAGGAGUAUUGCUCCAACACGGGCAGUGCAGAUGCUGUGUUGGGAUCGCUGCAGUCGCAGUCGUGCGACUACUUGCGGACGACACGUCCGAAAAACGCACUCAUGAUUUGCAACAAGGCAUUCCGUACUGCUGUGACCCGCGCCAAGGAAUUUGUAGAAAAUGGCGCGGUGGUGGAGGAGCCCAAGCAAAGCGUUGCCACCUCUGCCGACGUGCCUGCACCUGGAAAGCCCAAGGAAACAAAGCAAGAGAUCAAGAUCGAGCCAAAGAAGAAAUCUCCACUCGAGGCGGCGCGGGACGAGGCCAAGUUCGCAUUUGAAACGGAUGCGUCGCGCCUGGGCGAAUUGUAAGCGUGUUCCUUGUGGGCGCAAUUUAUAAAUACGGGUCAUGUUGGCUUGCUUUCUGGCCAACAACGUUUUUGGCGCUG